UCUCUACUCACAACUCCAGAGCUUUAGAAGUUGGGAAAAUGCAAUAAUUUAUUACUCCUCUAGUCCUUUCUCUCUCUCUAUAUAUCUCUUUCUCUCUUUGGAGUGAGACGUAAUGGAACAAGAGCGCAAGAACAAUAUGAAUGGGAUGGAAAUUGAAAAAGGAAAGAGGGAGAGUGGGUCAAGAAAAGUUCUUGAAUUAACAAUGAGAGUGUUGGCUUUGGUUCUUACAAUGGUGGCUGCAACUGUACUUGGUGUCGCGAAACAGACAAAGGUUGUGUCUAUUAAGCUUAUUCCAACUCUACCUCCUCUUGAUGUCUCGACAACAGCCAAAGCUUCUUACUUGUCUGCCUUUGUGUACAACAUUUCGGCAAACGCUAUAGCUUGCGGUUACACAGCAAUCUCGAUAGCGGUUCUGAUGAUCUGCAAAGGCAGAAGAAGCAAAGGGUUGUUAAUGGCGGUUUUGAUAGGAGAUCUAGUAAUGGUGGGUUUGCUAUUUUCUGGCACUGGAGCCGCCGGUGCAAUCGGGCUAAUGGGUUCACAAGGGAAUAAACAUGUGAUGUGGAAGAAAGUUUGUAACGUCUUUGGAAAGUUCUGUCACCAAGCUGCUGCUUCUGUUGCCAUCACUCUUCUUGCUUCAAUUGUGUUUAUGCUUCUUGUUGUUCUUGAUGCUAUGAAGCUUCCUUAAAAUUUAAUACCCUAAAACGAGUGCUUUAAUUUACUGUUUCUGCUUGUUUCUUCUCGUUUGUUAUGUGUAAAGUCAUUAUCAACAAUCAUGUAACUGUCUAUUUGCUUUUAAUGUUUAGUCAAAUUGUUUUCUUA